GUGUUUUCCAUAGUGUUUUCACACGCUUACUUCUUUCUUUUGGCACUCUUUCGUCUAGUUAUUCGACUAGAUUUUUAUUCGAAAUUUGACACAACCGGGAGCAGAGGCGUGCGAUGAUUAUACAGAUAAAAAAAGACGGCGCAGAUACUAACGAAUGGGGCAUUAUUGAGCUCCAAGGUGACCUGGAGUCACGUACAAAUCAGCCUUUGAACGACCAAUUCAUCGGAGAUCUACAUUACACAAAAACUGGAACUCCAAUAUUGAUAGUAGGUCAUCAUAUAUUGUACGGUAAAGAGGUGUCUCUGGAUAAGCCAUUUGCAGUGUUGGAAAAAUUUCAUUACGAUGAAAACGGUCAAAAAGUGGAGAAGAGUCUGUCUGACUCGGCAACUCGAACAGAGUACAACGUCAGAGCUAUUGUUAAAAAAAAAUUAGUGUUUCGGGUCAGACCCAAGCCAAUAAUUGCUAAUGUACCAAAAAUGGUAUAGUAAUCUACGUCACAAGUAAAAGAUGUAAAACAAGUGAAAAGCAACAAAAAUGGGACACAAUUUUCUACAACAUUGAUAAGUUGACGGCAGAUGAAGAAAGUUGCAUAUGGUAUUAAUUAUAAUUAAAAAAUGUGUAUUUUAAUACAGAGGAAUUGUACUUUGAAA